CGGGUGGAGUACAGCUGGAGUACAGCUGGAGUACAGCUGGAGUACAGCUGGAGUACAGUUGGAGUACGCACUCUAGGAGUCUCGCUUUUUCCCCCUUGCUAUGACCUAAUUUGGUCGAAAUGAAAUUGGUAUCGAAUUGUAUAUCCAUAUCAAUAUGUUUACUAUUAGUACGGUGUUGGCGUAAAUAUUCACUGCAGUCACAUGUAUACUCACAGUCACAUCCUGAAUCAAAUUUUGGAUUUGAAUUAUUGUGUUGACUUAAAUUUGAAAUUAACUUGUCAUGUACAAAUAAAUCCGAAUGCUAAAUUAUUGAUUAUCGUAGCUUCAACCUAAUCUGGAAUUGGAAUUUUAUUUUUAACUCCUAUCAAUGAAUAACUAUGAAGAAUUUGCUUGGGUGUGAGCGUUGGUGUGGGUCUAAUUUUCGUGGAUCAACACUAAUUGCGUUAUCAUUGAAAUAUCUUUUUAUGUGAAGUUUUUCACCAAAGCUGAAUAUAUUAAAUCUUCUAUUUGAAAACACACUAUAUCUUGAACAUUUUUCUAUAUCUGAUCAACAUUUUGCUUCCAAUAAUCAAAAUCUACCAUCAAUUAUUUCAUUAAUAGCUCGAUUCAAUAUUGAAUUUGAUGAUAUACGAGCAAACAUUGUAUUAUAA